AUGAACGGCCUGCUGCACAUCGGCCAUGCUUUCUCCUUGACGAAGGCAAUCUUUGCCGCGCACUUCCAUCGCUUGCUUGGAAAGAAGGUCUUAUUCCCUUUCGGCUUCCAUUGUACAGGCAUGCCAAUCCAGGCUGCAGCCAACAAGCUGGCGAGGGAGUUCGAUGUGUAUGGCAAGCCAUAUCCAAUCUUUCCACCCGGACGUCCGCAGCCCAAGGAGUCGUCGCCCGACGGCAUUGAGAUCGAUGAUGACGGCGUCACCAUGCAGUGGAAGCCCCCAGCAUCGACGGGCAAGAAGGCAGUCAAAGAGUAUGUCGUGCACAUGAAGGUCCAGGAUCAAGUUUUCAAGGUCGUCAAGAAAAUGCCACCCCCGAGCCCCGAGGAACUUAAGGCGGCUGGCAACAAAGUCCGGACUGUUCUGCCCAUCGAGGGUGGAGGUUGCGUCUACAAGGUCAUCGCCGUCUUGGAGGACGGCUCCUCAUGCCCUCCCAGCCCAGAGUCAGAUCAAGUUUCUGUUGAUGCAGCACCCAAAGACAAGAAGAGUGGCGCUGCAGGUGGAAAGCGUGUAGCAAAGAAAAUCCAAGCCAAGAGCGGUGACGCGGCAUUCCAGUACGAGAUCAUGAAGGCAAUGGGUCUGUCUCCUGAAGACAUUCCGAAGUUCGUUGAUCCUUCAUACUGGCUGCAGUACUUUCCGCCUCUUGGUAUCCGUGAUCUGAAGCGCCUGGGCACGCCAGUCGACUUCCGCCGAUCGUUCAUCACAACAUCUGUAAACAGCUUCUACGAUAGUUUUAUCCGUUGGCAAUUCAGGAAGCUGAAGCAAUCCGAAAAGAUUGGAUUUGGAAAGAGACCGACCAUUUACAGUGAGCUGGAUGGCCAGGCAUGCAUGGACCACGAUCGAGCAGAAGGCGAAGGUGUGGGACCCCAGGAGUACACUGCCAUCAAGAUCGAGUUGCUGGAGUGGACGGACAUGAUGAAAAAGCUCCUUGCAGAAGGGAGCAAGGUUUUCUUGCUGGCAGCGACCCUGAGGGCCGAGACCAUGCCUGGACAGACCAACUGUUGGAUUCUGCCGUCUGGGCAGUACGGAUGCUACAAGGGUCCUGGCUUGGAGGUCUACGUGUGUUCACAUCGAGCUGCUCGCAAUAUGAGCUUUCAGGAUAUCUUGCAGCCCUGGGGCAAGCCCUACUGCUACAUGGAGGUUUCAGGUCAGGAGCUUUUAGGAAAGAAGGUCAAAGCACCGACCACGAAGUUCGACCACGUCUUCGUGCUGCCACUGCCUACGAUCAAGAUGGACAAGGGAACCGGCGUCGUCACCAGCGUCCCGAGUGAUUCACCUGAUGACUAUGCUGCCUACAUGGAUCUGAUGAAGUCAGACAAGAAGCGAGAGUUCUUCGGAGUGAAGAAGGAGUGGGUGGUGCCCUUCGACUUGAUCCCCAUCAUUGACGUAGAGAUCGAUGGCGAAAUUCGGACCAUGGCAGCACAGUACAUGUGUGAGAAGCUGGGCGUGCAGUCCAUCAACGACCGGGUGAAGCUAGCAGAAGCCCACGACACCUGCUAUAAGCUGGGUUUCGACAAGGGUGUCAUGUCGACUGGGCCUUUCACGGGUCAGCCUGUCAAGAAAGCCAAAGUCGAGUUCAGAAACGUUAUGAUUCAGGCAAAGCAAGCAUUCACGUACUCAGAGCCCGAGAAGAAGGUGAUUUCGAGAUCGGGUGAUGAGUGUGUGGUGGCUGCAAUUGAUCAAUGGUACUUGAAGUACGGUGAAGAGUCUUGGAAGGGACAGAUUGAGGGCCAUCUGCAGAGCUCCAACUUUGUCAGCUACAACGACCGCAUCAAGGAGUCUUUCGAGGAUGCAAUUGGCUGGCUCAAAGAAUGGGCAUGCAGUCGAGCCUUCGGGCUUGGCACGCAGGUACCUUGGGACGAGCAGUUCGUCAUCGAGUCAUUGUCAGAUAGCACUAUUUACAUGGCUUACUACUCGGUGGCACAUCUGCUCCAUGGAGAGGACAACUUGGACGGUGGGCAAGGGAGUCCCGCCAAAAUUCAGGCUGAGGAUCUUACUGACGACGUGUGGGAUUUUGCUUUCCUCAACACGCCCCUGCCGAAAGAAAGUAAGAUUCCUCAGAAGACACUGGAGCAGAUGCGGAAAGAGUUCAGGUUUUGGUACCCCAUGGACCUCAGAGUCUCCGGCAAGGAUUUGAUUCAGAAUCAUUUGACUAUGGCUCUGUACAACCACGCUUGCGUUUGGGAGAAGGAGCCCGAGCUCUGGCCGAAGAGCUUUUUCUGCAACGGCUGGUUGUUAGUCAACAAUGAGAAGAUGGCCAAACAGAAGGGGAACUUCUUCACAGUGGAGCAGAUCCUCAAGACUUACUCGGCAGACACGGUCCGGAUUGCGAUGGCAAACUCCGGCGAUACACUGGAGCCAGCAAAUUUUGACCAGACAGUAUGUAACAAAGCAGUACUCACUCUGGCGGUGUUUUUGGAGACAAUGAAAGCACUCGUCAGCGGCAGCGAGCCGCUUGACGUAGGCAACGAGAAUUCGCGGUUCGUGGACAAGUGGUUUGCCAACGAAAUGAAUCGCCUGGUGUUGGAGAGUAAGAAAUUCUAUGAGACGAUGUACUAUCGGGAAGCUUUGCGCACAUGCUACUUCGAGUUCAUGUCCGUGUUCGAUCAGUAUCGUGACAUUUGCAAAGCUGCCAGCUGUCGGCCCGACAAAGCUUUGACCAUGCGGUAUCUGGAAUGGCAAAUGAUAACGCUGUCACCAAUUUGCCCGCACUUCUGCGAGCACGGUUGGUCCACCGUCCUUGGAAAGUCAGGAUCGGUGUUGGACGCGAGGUUUCCAGCUCCAACAGCUCCAUUGGAUACUUCCCUGUCCAAUCAGGGUGACUACAUGUUCAACAAGGUGCCGACUUCAUCAAGCUGCUUGAGAAAGCAACCAAAGCUGGGACGGCCAAGUCGGCCGUUGUCUAUGUUGCAAAGGAGUUCCCUGACUGGAAGAAGACUGUCUUGGCGAAGCUCAGGUCGCGACAGGGUGCCGGCAAGUUACCCCUGGUGUCUCAGGAAGACAUGA